UUCUUAAAAGAUAAAUAUAGAUAUAAUAUAGUAUUUAUUAUAGUUAACUGUUUUAGUAAGUAUCUUAUCUUAAUUUUUUAUUAUAAUACGGCUAUAGCACGGACUAUAGCUAAAAUCUUUUUUAAAUAUAUAUACUGUUAUAAGGGCGCUUCUAAUAUAAUAGUCUCUAAUUAA